AUGGAUGACCCUCCUUCUACAUGCAAGCCCGGUGCAGACACGGAGAGGAGGACACAAGCAAACAUCGUGGUAUCUGGUGGAUGGGAUAACUACCUCCUCUGUGCAGCCGCCCUGUGCAGAAUGGACUCCGGUUUGAGAGGGAGUUCAGGUCGCCAUCAUCCUCCAGACCAUAUCGGUCUCAACAAAAAACCAUCAACUAUUGCCGGCACUAACACCGACCUUGACACUGUGCGCUUGCACGACGGGGACCCAGAAAGUAGUUUAGUGGAUCUGCCCAGAGACCAAUACUACACAUAA